AUGAUCCGCAAAGAAGAUCAGUAUUUUACCGUAAAUAGAAUUCUACUGCUUACUAUCGGUUUAUGGCCCUAUCAACAAUCGAACUUCACUACAUUUCAAUAUAUUUUUAUUUCUGUUAUAUUGACAGCGAUUAUUGUAUUUCAGCUGACAACGUUUUUGACAUUAAAUUGUACUUCGGAACUCCUCAUGAAUGUUUUGUCUUCCGUAUCUUUCUUUAUUAUUUUUAUGAUAAAGUAUAACAUGUUCCGUUUUCACAUCGAAAAUGUGAAGGAUUUAUUGAUGCAGUUUCAGCACGUACGUAACAAAUUAAAGGAUAAAAAUGAAAUCGCUAUUAUAAAGAAAUACGACUACACUGCGAAACGUUAUACGGUUUCACUUAUAACCCUUGCAGCUUGUACCAUAUCUCUUAGUAUUAUAUUUCAAUUUUGGACAAAUAUGGCUGAUGUUGAUUCACCGACGAACGUAUCUCGAUCAUACUAUUUUCUCUUUAAGAUGGAGUACUUCAUCGAUCAAGAAAAAUAUUUUUAUUUGAUUUUGUUGCACAUUAAUGCAGCUGUUUGCUUUGGGAUGGUUAUAAUGUUAGGAAUAGGUACAAUGUUCAUUGCGUGUAUUCAGCAUACCUGUGGAAUGUUUAGAAUUGCUAGUUAUCGUAUCGAGCAUGCAAUAAAUAUCAAAACUGGACAAAAUAUUACGCUGGAGAAUGAGAUUUUGAUGACCGAGGGCACAAUUUGUGCCGUCGACAUUCACCGGCAAGCUAUAAAAUUGAACAAGCACUUAAUGUCAGUAUUGGAGAUAAUGUUUUUUUGUUUAAUAGUGUGUUGUGUGGCUUGCUUAAGCCUCAACUUGUUUCAAGUAAGUCAUAUGCUAUAA